UUAAGAAGUGGAAGAUGAUCACAAAAAAACCCCUAAAGAACUAGUACAUUUGUAGAAGAACAGGGAUUGUUUAAUCCUGGCUUUUCAUAAACAUCUUCCAGUGAUUCCGCCAACAUAAAACAAAUACAUUUGUAGAAGAGCAGGGUUGAUUAUUGUAUUCUUCCAGGAUGAAUGAUUUGUUCUCCAGCUCGUUCAAGAAGUAUACCGACCUGAAGCAGCAGGCGCAAAUGGAUGACAUGGAGGCGGGGAAGGAGAGUAUGAAUCUUGACAGAUUCUUUGAAGACGUCGAGAAUGUUAAGGAAGAUAUGAAAACUGUUGAGAGGCUGUACAAGAGUUUACAAGAAGCCAAUGAAGAAUGUAAGAUUGUUCAUAAUGCCAAGACCAUGAAAAAUCUUCGUUCGCGGAUGGACAUAGAUGUCGAACAAGUCCUGAAACGCGUUAAAAUCAUCAAGGGAAAGCUCGAAGCCUUGGAUCGAUCCAAUGCAGCUCACCGCAACAUUCCUGGGUGCGGUCCAGGAUCAUCUGCAGAUCGAACCAGGACAUCUGUGGUUAGUGGUUUGGGAAAGAAGUUGAAGGAUCUUAUGGAUAAUUUUCAGGAUUUAAGAACUAGAAUGGCAGCCGAAUAUAAAGAAACAGUGGAACGUAGGUAUUUCACAAUCACAGGAGAAAGAGCAAGUGAAGAAACGAUUGAGAAUUUGAUAUCCAGUGGUGAAAGUGAAAGCUUCAUGAAAAAGGCAAUUCAGGAACAAGGGCGAGGCCAGAUUCUUGACACAAUAUCAGAAAUUCAAGAGAGACAUGAUGCUGUGAAGGAGAUAGAGAAGAAUUUGAUUGAGCUUCACCAGGUAUUCUUGGAUAUGGCUGCUCUUGUGGAAGCUCAGGGUCAUCAGAUCAAUGAUAUUGAAAGUCAUGUUGCGCAUGCUAGCUCGUUCGUGCGGCGAGGGACUGAGCAGCUUUCUGAGGCCAGAGAAUAUCAGAAGAGCUCUCGAAAGUGGACGUGUAUCGCCAUUGUAGCCGGUGCUGUCCUCAUCAUUGUCCUCUUACUACCAUUUAUACCACAUCUCCUGGCUCUCUUGUAGGAAUGAGAGGGUGCAGAUUUCCUUUUGAACUCCAGAAGAAAAACAUAUUUGAUUUUAACCCCAACCGAAAAUUAUUAGUUGUAAGGUUAUCUUGGAAAGCUUUGUUCUAUUUUUC